UUCGAAUCCCACUAAUUCAAUCACUCACCGCGUCUCUCUGUCUCCCUCCACAGUUUCAGUCAGAUCUUGUUCAGCUCCUUUUUAGCUCUUCAAUUCAGUCCCUCUUUCUCUUUUUCCCUUUUCUAAAAAUGGCCAUCACAUUCAUCAAAGAAAGAAAAUUCCCAUUCAUCGUAACCCUCGCAGUACUUCUAAUCUGCUUCACAAUCCUCCUCUUCACCAACACCAACGCCAACCGCUACCCUCUCUUCCUCUACUCCUCUUCCUCCUCCGACACCACCAUCCAUCCCUCAAACCCUAGCGCCCCCGCAACCCCGCCCCCAAAAAACGACACCGCUCCGGUACUCAAUGCGGAUUUGGAUUUUGAUCUUAAAUGGAAGCUCUGUAAAGGUGCCGUGGCCGUCGAUUACAUACCGUGUUUGGAUAACUUUAAGGCGAUCAAGGCGUUGAAGUCCAGGAGGCAUAUGGAGCAUCGAGAGCGGCAUUGCCCGGAUCCGAGCCCGCGGUGCUUGGUCCCGCUUCCCAGUGGGUACAAGUUCCCGCUUCCCUGGCCUAAGAGCAGGGACAUGAUUUGGUAUGAUAAUGUUCCUCACCCAAAGCUUGUUGAGUACAAGAAGGACCAAAACUGGGUGCGUAAGUCUGGUGAUUAUCUUGUUUUUCCUGGAGGUGGCACCCAAUUCAAGGAAGGAGUUACCAGUUACAUUGAAUUUAUAGAAAAGACUUUACAAACUAUUGGGUGGGGGAGGCAUGUCAGGGUUAUAUUAGAUGUUGGUUGUGGAGUUGCUAGCUUCGGUGGCUAUUUGCUGGACAAAAAUGUGAUUACCAUGUCAUUUGCUCCAAAGGAUGAGCACGAAGCUCAGAUACAGUUUGCUCUUGAACGAGGGAUUCCUGCGACCCUUUCAGUCAUUGGAACACAGAAGCUGACCUUCUCAGACAAUGCAUAUGAUUUGAUUCACUGUGCACGAUGCAGGGUUCACUGGGAUGCAAAUGGUGGGAGACCCUUACUCGAACUCAACAGAAUUCUUAGGCCCGGUGGUUUUUUUGUAUGGUCUGCUACACCAGUUUAUCGGGACGAUGAAAGAGAUCAGAAUGUAUGGAAUGCUAUGGUGGGUCUGACAAAAUCGAUGUGCUGGAAAGUUGUGGCUAAGACUGUUGAUUCAUCUGGAAUUGGGCUUGUAAUAUACCAGAAGCCUGUUUCACCUUCCUGUUAUGAAAAACGCAAAGAAAAUAAUCCACCUUUAUGUGAACAGAAAGAUACGAGAAACAGCUCAUGGUACGUGCCUCUCAGUGGUUGUCUUUCUCUGCCUCCAGUCGAUAAUAUGGGUAACUUGUUCAGCUGGCCCAUGCCCUGGCCCAAGAGGCUGAACAGUAAACCUGCAAGCCUAUCAACCGAACCAGGUGCUGAAGAAAUGUUUUAUGAGGACACAAAACAUUGGUCUGCACUUGUAUCCGAUGUUUAUUUGAACAAACUCGCCAUAAACUGGUCCAGUGUGAGGAAUGUGAUGGAUAUGAAUGCUCAUAAUGGAGGAUUUGCUGCAGCACUUACUGGUCUUCCUGUCUGGGUAAUGAAUGUGAUCCCCAUUGAUGUACCAGAUACUCUGUCCAUUAUAUUUGACAGAGGAUUGAUUGGCAUCUAUCAUGACUGGUGCGAGUCUCUUAAUACCUAUCCUCGAACAUAUGAUCUCCUGCAUUCCAGCUUUCUCUUCAGAGAUCGUACACAAAGAUGUGAUGCCAUAGAUGUAGUCGUUGAGAUGGAUCGCAUAUUGAGACCAGGCGGGUAUGUUGUGGUUCAGGACACCAUGGAAAUGAUUAACAUGCUUACUCCAAUCUUGCGUUCGCUUCAUUGGUCGGUAGCCUCCUAUGAAGGUCAGUUUCUUGUUGGUAAGAAGGGUUUCUGGCGUCCAACGGUUGGAGAAACUUAAUCAUUUAUUGGAGUUGAUCAUUUACCACUGUAAAAUUUUUUACUCCUAGUUUUUAUAUGUUCUAUUGACAAAUAUAAGAAAGAAAAAUAGAUAGAAAUAUUUAAAAGAAAGAAAACAUUCCUUCCUACUCUUACUACAAAGGUUCUUAAU